UGUGAUCAAAGUUCAUGGUAUUUAUCCCCUUAGGAAAUCUAAAUUAAUGUUACAGGGAAUUGCCUUCUUUUUUGCUAAGUAUUAUUGUAUGAGCGUGGGUACAUGGAAGCAAUAGAUACAUGGCAAAAGCGAGACAUGUCAGAUUCUAAAGCCAAAGGCAAAGUUGAUUCAAACCUGUUAAAGCCCUCAGUCUCCUUCCUGCACAGAACAUAUGGCCAUGGGAAAGAUGAGCAGGCUGUGUCUUCUCCUCCUCUCCUCGCUCUCUUGCUUCUCUGCCAUUGCCUUGUCAUGGCAGCAGCCUCGCCCAGAGACGGUCGACCUUGCAUACCACAUGGGGCCUGUCCUCACCUCCCCCGUUAACGUCUACACCAUAUGGUAUGGCCACUGGGAGGCAGCUCCACAAGGCAUCAUCAGGGACUUCCUGCUCUCCCUCUCCGCCCCUUCUCCUUCCCCCUCCGUCGGCGACUGGUGGCGCACCGUCCGCCUCUACACCGACCAAACCGGCUCCAACGUCACCGGCAGCUUCGUGCUGGCCGGCGAGCUGCACGACUCGGCCUACUCGCACGGCGCCACGCUGUCCCGCCUCGCCAUCCAGUCCGUCAUCAGGUCCGCCGUCGCCGCCCACCCGCAGCGGCUGCCGCUGGACCCGCGCAACGGGCUCUACCUGGUCCUCACCUCGCCCGACGUGGAGGUGGAGGACUUCUGCCGGGAGGUCUGCGGCUUCCACUACUUCACCUUCCCGGCGGUGGUCGGCGUGACGGUGCCGUACGCGUGGGUGGGGCACAGCGGCUCGCAGUGCCCGGGGAUGUGCGCUUACCCGUUCGCGCUGCCGGAAUACAUGGUGGGGGUUCACAACGCGAGCGGCGGCGUUCGGGCUCUCGGAGCGCCCAACCGGGACGUGGGCGCCGACGGCAUGAUCAGCGUGAUAGCCCACGAACUGGCGGAGACGUCGAGCGAUCCGCUGAUCAAUGCGUGGUACGCGGGCGACGACCCGGCCGCCCCGGCGGAGAUCGCCGACCUCUGCGUCGGUGUCUACGGGUCGGGAGCGGGAGGCGGGUACGUGGGGAGCGUGUUCAAGGGAUCAGAGGGGGAGGCUUACAACCUGCAUGGGGUGAACGGGAGGAGGUUUCUUGUGCAGUGGGUGUGGAACCCUGUAAAGAUGACUUGUUUUGGUCCAAAUGCCAUGGAUUAAAGGGCUGUUGUAAUCUUGAGUUGAGGGAGGGAAUAGCCUCAAUCCCUCCUGCAGACACACACAAGAAAAGGAAGAAGAAGACACAGUCUGUCACCUUUCAUUUUGAAGUUCUUCAAGAACAAAUGCCCCAACUAAAAGCAGAUUGUUUUACAUUCAAAUAGCCAGCUUUUGAUUGAUUUCA